AUGCCUAAAGCUCCUCGCCGGCCGCUCCUCGCCAGGGUUUGCACCGCGAGCUGCGUUCCUCUAUCCCAAACCGAACCGCCACGGCACCCGCCACCGAAAAUCAUCGCGCGGUUAAUAGGCAAUUUCCGCCGCUCUGAUCCCACUCCGGAUGAAGGCGUGACGUUCGCCCGGCAAAGCAAACCCGGGGCUCGUCCCCCACAUCUCCUCCGCUGCUCCGGAAAACGGCCGGCGCUCUCCAACGAGCCGCUCUCUUCCCGGCCGGAAAGGCGUCUUCCCCUGAUUUCCCCGGGAUGCAGCCGGGAAACGACAGCGGCGAAGGAGCGGGUGUGGAAAACACGGGUGGAAAAGCCCAGAGGCGGCGUGAAAGCCCACGAGCGUUCGAGGUCUUGGCGUGUUCGGUUUGGACCGGCGGCGACGAAGCCUGGGCGGCUGCGGGCGUCGGGGCAAGCGACGGCGGGAUGCUCCCGAGCGGAGGCAAAGAGUUACGAGAUCUCAUUCAGUGACCUGGGGGAUGGAGGCUUUCUGCCGGUGCCUCGCCGGCUGAGCCGCCGCGGUUUACGUUUCCCCGCGCCGUCGCUGGAGCGGCUCCCAGUGAAGCCGGCGAUCGUCUCCCCGACCGGGGAUGGCUUUCGUGUUUAUUCGGGCCGCUCGCCGAACCGAAAUCAGGCCAAAAGCGGAGGUGGGCAUCGACCUCACGUGGCUAAUGAUCCCGCGGCAGCUCCCGCCGCCCGCAUCGGCUUCCCCCGCAUCCGGGAGCGGCGGGGAUAUCCCCGGAACGUGACUGUCGAUGAAAUCAUGUCCGCCUACAAGCAAGCCUGCCAGAAGCUGAACUGCAAGCAGAUACCCAAACUCCUGAAGCAAAUCCAGGAAUUUAAAGAUCUGGCUCCCAGGAUAGACUGCUUAGACCUGAAAGGGGAGAAGCUGGAUUACAAAGCCUGCGAAGCGCUGGAAGAAAUCUUCAAGCGGGUCCAGUUCAAAAUUGUCGAUUUGGAGCAAACGAGCUUGGAUGAAGACGGCGCCUCGGCGUUAUUUGACAUGAUCGAGUAUUACGAGUCGGCGACGCACCUCAACAUCUCCUUUAACAAACACAUCGGCACCCGAGGCUGGCAGGCAGCCGCCCACAUGAUGAGAAAGACGAACUGCCUGCAGUACCUGGACGCCCGAAACACGCCUUUGCUGGACCACUCGGCGCCCUUCGUGGCGCGCGCCCUGCGCAUCAGCAGCAGCCUGGUCGUCCUGCACCUGGAGAACGCCAGCCUCUCCGGACGCCCGCUCAUGCUGUUGGCCACGGCGCUGAAGAUGAACAUGAACCUGCGGGAGCUGUACCUGGCCGAUAACAAGCUGAACGGGCUGCAGGACUCGGCUCAGCUCGGCAACCUGCUGAAGUUCAACUGCUACAUACAGAUACUCGACCUGAGGAACAACCACAUCCUGGACUCGGGCUUGGCGUACAUCUGCGAAGGGCUGAAGGAGCAGCGGAAAGGGUUGGUCACCCUGGUUCUGUGGAACAACCAGCUGACUCACACCGGCAUGGCCUAUCUGGGGAUGACGCUGCCUCACACGCAGAGCCUGGAGACGCUCAACUUGGGCCACAACCCCAUCGGGAACGAAGGCGUCCGGAACCUGAAGAACGGCUUGAUCGGCAACCGCUCCGUCCUUCGCCUGGGCAUGGCGUCCACCAAACUGACCUGCGAAGGCGCUGUGGCGGUGGCGGAAUUCAUCGCCGAGAGCCCGCGGCUGCUUCGCUUGGACCUGCGGGAGAACGAGAUCAAGACGGGCGGCCUCAUGGCGCUGUCGCUGGCGCUGAAGGUCAACCACUCGCUGCUGCGCCUCGACUUGGACAGGGAGCCCAAGAAGGAGUCGGUAAAAAGCUUCAUCGAAACGCAGAAGGCUCUCCUGGCCGAGAUCCAGAACGGCUGCAAGCGCAACUUCAUCCUGGCCAAAGAGAAGGAGGAGAAGGAACAGAAGCUGCAGCAGUCGGCCUCGAUGCCGGAGAUCACCGUGACGGAGCCGCUGGAGGAGGAUCUGGCAGAGGACGGGCGAGACGGCAGCGCCGCCUCCGCUCCGGAAGAGGGGGAAGAAGCCAGGGAGACCCCGACGGCCUCGGAGAACGGCGACGCGGAGCCGGCGGAGGAGGACGACGGAGGCGACGUGACGGACUCCGAUUCGGAUACGGACGAGGAGGCGGACGCUGGUUUCCUGCCCCCAGACUCUUCCCCAGUCGCCUCCCCUGCGCCGAGGGAUCCCGCCGCGGCCCCGGGGCGACGGAGGGAAGGAGAGCGGAGCAAAAUGAGCCCAGCCGGGGCCUUCCCGGCCCUCGCUGGACGCCGCCACCUUCGCCUUUUCCCUUUUCUAUCUUCCUCCGAGGAGGAGGAGGAGGAGACCCCGCGCCGGCGCGGCGGCGGUCCCGCCGGGAGGUAA